CCGAAUGCUCAGUUUUCCGUGUCACGAAGAGCCACGUAGUACGAUUUGAUCCUUCCGUUAGUGUGGUUAGAUUUUUAUUCGGCUCAAACAGGCAACCUGAAUUAGCUCUUAUUUUAUUAUUGUACUUUAAUUUGUUUGAAUAAUGCGCAAGGCAUAUUUCAAAACAAUAAAUUGUAUUUUCAUAAUUUUGAAAAUAAUAUCACUCACAAGUGUUGCCAACGGCCAGACAAAUCAGAAUAUUAAUGUUUUUUUUAUUAACGAUGCUGACAACGAGCCUGCAGCCAAAGCUGUCACAGUUGUGUUGACUUAUCUCAAAAAGAAUCCCCAUUAUGGUAUUUCGAUUCAGAUUGACCAAGUUGAAGCUAACAAAACCGACGCUAAAACACUUUUGGAGUCAAUUUGCUCAAAGUACGCGGAGAGUAUUGAGCGCAAACAACCGCCUCAUGUCGUAUUCGAUACUACCAAGUCGGGAAUAGCCUCGGAGACAGUUAAGUCUUUCACUCAAGCACUAGGAUUGCCCACUAUCAGUGCUUCAUAUGGGCAGGAGGGCGAUUUGCGUCAAUGGCGUGACAUUGACGAGAGCAAACAAAAAUACUUGCUACAGGUAAUGCCUCCGGCUGAUCUUAUACCGGAAGUUGUGCGCAGCAUGGUGCGAAAGAUGAACAUAACAAAUGCGGCCAUUCUGUACGACGACACAUUCGUCAUGGAUCACAAGUACAAAUCAUUGUUGCAGAAUAUUCAAACUCGCCAUGUUAUUACGGGCAUUGCUAAGGAGGGAAAACGCGAACGCGAGGAACAAAUCGAGAAAUUACGAAAUUUGGAUAUAAAUAAUUUUUUCAUACUAGGAAAUCUUAUGUCUAUACGCCUGGUUUUAGAAUCCGUGAAGCCAGCAUAUUUUGAACGCAACUUUGCCUGGCACGCAAUCACCCAGAGUGAGGGUGAAGUAAGCAGUCAACGAGACAAUGCAACUAUAAUGUUCUUGAAGCCAAUAUCGUAUGCUCAGAACCGUGACCGUUUCGGACGUCUAAAGACCACUUUCAAUUUAAACGAAGAACCCCAGAUAAUGUCAGCCUUUUACUUUGAUUUAGCGCUUCGCACAUUUUUGGCUAUCAAAGAUAUAUUGCAAUCUGGUGCUUGGCCGAAGAACAUGGCCUACAUAGGUUGCGAUGAGUUCCAAGGUGGCAACACGCCAGAGCGAAAUAUUGACCUUAGAACAGCUUUUACAAUGAUCCAAGAACCGACUUCUUAUGGAAUGUUCGAGUUAGUGACUCAACCAGGAAAGGCAUUCAACGGCUAUAGUUACAUGAAAUUUGAAAUGGACAUCAAUGUCCUUCAGAUACGCGGAGGCAACUCAGUUAACACUAAAUCGAUAGGCACUUGGACAGCUGGAUUGGACUCGCCAUUAGUCGUCAAAGAUGAGGAAAUAAUUAAAAAUCUAACUGCGGACACCGUAUACCGUAUCUUUACAGUAGUCCAAGCACCCUUUAUAAUCAAAGACGAAAAUACCCCAAAGGGCUACAAAGGCUACUGUAUAGAUUUAAUCAACGAGAUCGCUGAAAUUGUACAUUUUGACUACACCAUUCAAGAAGUUGAAGACGGAAAAUUCGGCAACAUGGAUGAGAAGGGGGAAUGGAAUGGUAUUGUGAAAAAGUUGAUGGAUAAACAAGCGGACAUCGGAUUGGGUUCCAUGCACGUAAUGGCUGAGCGCGAAAUAGUUAUUGACUUUACGGUGCCCUACUACGAUCUGGUAGGAAUUACCAUUAUGAUGCAAAGGCCACAGGUGCCCAGUUCCUUGUUCAAGUUCUUAACGGUGCUUGAGACGAACGUUUGGUUGUGCAUUUUGGCCGCUUACUUCUUUACUAGUUUUUUGAUGUGGAUUUUCGAUCGCUGGAGCCCCUACAGCUACCAGAACAACCGCGAAAAGUACAAGGACGAUGACGAAAAGCGGGAAUUCAAUCUAAAAGAAUGUCUCUGGUUUUGCAUGACAUCGCUGACUCCGCAAGGUGGUGGAGAGGCACCGAAAAAUCUUUCCGGACGUUUGGUGGCAGCGACUUGGUGGCUUUUCGGCUUCAUCAUAAUUGCUUCAUACACGGCUAAUUUGGCUGCCUUUUUAACUGUGUCUCGCCUCGAUACGCCGGUGGAGUCGCUGGAUGACCUUGCAAAGCAAUAUAAAAUUUUGUAUGCGCCGUUAAAUGGUUCCUCUGCAAUGACCUACUUUCAGCGCAUGGCAAAUAUUGAGCAACGUUUUUAUGAAAUAUGGAAGGACCUCUCUUUGAAUGAUUCACUUACACCACUUGAGCGCUCUAAGCUUGCAGUUUGGGACUACCCGGUCAGUGAUAAAUACACGAAAAUGUGGCAAGCCAUGCAGGAGGCUCAGCUGCCAGCAACCUUGGAAGAGGCAGUGGACCGAGUUCGAAGUUCAACUUCCGCUACUGGGUUCGCCUUUCUUGGUGAUGCCACUGAUAUUCGAUAUCUUGUUAUGACCAACUGCGACCUACAGAUUGUGGGUGAAGAAUUCUCGCGCAAACCGUAUGCCAUAGCCGUUCAGCAAGGAUCACAUUUAAAGGACCAAUUCAAUAACGCAAUUUUGACUCUCCUCAAUAAGCGGCAACUGGAAAAACUUAAAGAAAAGUGGUGGAAAAACGACGAAACGCAGGCCAAAUGCGACAAGCCAGAGGAUCAGUCAGACGGUAUAUCCAUACAUAAUAUUGGCGGAGUUUUCAUAGUUAUCUUUGUGGGCAUUGGAAUGGCGUGCAUCACUCUGGUCUUUGAAUACUGGUGGUAUAAGUAUCGCAAGAACCCACGCAUUGUUGAUGUAAUUGAGGCAAAUUCCGGUGGAAAAGAUGGCAAAGCGGGCGAUGGUGUUAUUCUCGGUCAGUCCGGAAAAGAGUACGACAAAAGUGGAAACACUGUGCUUAGGCCACGCUUCCACCAGUAUCCGGCCACAUUCAAACCCCGGUUUUGAAUUAUCUGUUGUAUAUCAACUGAGUAAAGGUAUAGGGAAGUGAUCAUCAACAAUUUACUGUUAUACAUACAUACCUGAAUACAUUCGUACAUACACACUUUGCUUGUGAAACAAACUAUGCACAAUUUGUUUUUAUAAAUCUAGAUGGUGUUUGAAGUAAUAAUAAAAUAAAAACUUACUUUUGCUCUAAGAAUAGUAAAAA